AUGACUCUUCCGCUGGGAGGCCCUGGCAGCAUCUCACGGGACGGAAGCUGGCUCAGCCGGGAGGCCAAGGCGCGUUUUACAAAAGCAGUUUAUCUGAAUUCUGAACUGACAGUGGAGGCUGCCCCAAAUCCUACCCGGGGGCUCCAUGUGAAGCCCGAGUCCAGACAGGCCCUCUUCCACGGGGCUGUGGCCAGCUGCUUCUGCGCGGCCACCGUCUACACGGGGGUGUUCGGUGGCAUCUUCGUCCAAGUGGGCUCUGAACGCUGUGCCGAGGCCCGCGUAGCCAGCCUCCCCGUCUUCCUGGCCACGCCCUUCAACUCAUAGUUGGCCUACGUCCUCCUAGGGGUGUACUGGCUACAGAGAAAUGCCAGGGCCCCAGGGCGCCCCACGGAGACGCAGAGAGCUCAUUACCUGAAGGAUGUCUUCGCUGGCAUGGCCCUGGCCUAUGGCCUGGUUUGGUGGCUGUGGAUCGCGACGCAGUUGCGCCCCGCUGCCCUGCUUGACCAGUGGCUCACCUUGUCCAUCUUUGCGUCGCUGGUGGCCUGGUGCCUCUCCCUAGACAGGGGUUGGGAGUUGUUCCUUGCCAUCAAGUGUCUCUCCUUGGGCAGUUACGGCCUCACCCUGCUGCACCCCUGUGGGUUUGAGAUCGCGCUGGGCACCCACAUCGCAGCUGCCAUGGGCCAGGCCCUGCGUGCCCACAGGCGCUACGGCACUGCCUCCUCGGGAAUCUCCUUGGCUCUGGGCACGCUCUCCUGCUUGGGCUUUGUGGUCCUCAAGCUGUGUGACCAUCAGCUCGCGCGGUGGCAUCUCUUCCAGUGGCUCAUGGGCCACUUCUGGUCCAAAGCCUGUGAUGUGCUCCAGUUCCACUUUGCAUUCUUGUUUCCGACAAAUUUAAACACUUGCCAAAGCCCUCCUCCUGAGGGGAAAGUACAUUAA